CCAUGUCCUUUCUUAGCUCCCGUUUCUGGGUCCACCUACUAACGCUCUUAAUUAGGGACUAGACAACGUGUCUUCCCUCUCCUGAAAACGACUUGUCUGCUCCGGUCAAAAGUAGACAAAGGCGCGAGCAGCCCAAAACUACCGCACUCUGAAAUACUAUGCUUUCCGCGGAGCCCUCUGCAGGAUAUCUCCAUUCCACAUAAAACUUUUGAAAACUGAGCGCAUGCCACUUGUGCUUUUGAAAAACUCAAAUGGGACCCUCUACCUCCAAGCCCUCAAAGCAAAUGAUCCGUGGAUAAAAUCUAAAGACAAAUAAUAAUGGAAAGUUUUUCACCUUUACAUCACGGCUACCUAAGCAUAGCUUGCAUUUAUUUGAUGCAACUUCAUGCGGUCGCGCAGUUAGCCCCAGAAUGCUACCCGGGUGGGUAUCGGACCCUGCAGAACCCGUACCGGAGCGUUGAAUUCGACUCCACCGAACUCCAGCGCACGGCCAUCCAGGAGCUGAUCUGCGACCACUCGCUGCCCCCCGGCUGGUACCGGUUCACCAUCAAUAACAAACCUGCUGAGAUGCCCACCAGCUGUGUGGAAAUGAACAGGUGUGGGACCCAGGCCCCCGUGUGGCUCUCGCUGAAGGACGCCCAGCUGCCGCGCCCGGGGGAGGUCAGGCAGCUGUCGGCUUGCGCAACCUGGCAGUUCUUCCACGGGAGCACCAAGGACUGCUGCCUCUUCCGCAUCCCCGUCUCCGUGCGCAACUGCGGAGACUUCCUGCUCUACUUCCUGCAGCCCACGCAGGGCUGCAUGGGCUACUGCGCCAAAGAAGUUACAGAAUUCAGACUGAAACUUUGCCCACCCGGUGAAGUGGAAGUUGACGGCAUCUGUCAAGCCAGCCUCCCCUCCAUAUCGUCAAGACCGGUCGUCACCCCAGAGCUGGUGGGCAGCAGCGUCCACCUGAGGUGUGCCUACAGGACGGCGCCGUCAGCGCUGCCCGUGGGCUACCUGGUGGUGUGGUUCCGCCACCUGGGCUCCGGCAGGAAGGAAGAGAUACGGAAGGACUCCACCCUACACACCUUUUCCCUGGUGGAGAUGGACGGGGUUCACUUUAAGCUGGGGGACACGGUUUCAUGUAGUGUGUCGAUGUUCCUGAGGAACUCCUCCAGUACACAGUCACUGCCGAGGGAAAGUGACAGCUUCUUUGCAGGAAUCAAGUUUGUUCCAGAAUCUCUGCACGUGGUGGAGGACGGGAAGGAGCACCACGUGUCCAUCCACAGCACCGUACCCGUCCAUUGCCAUGGCAACGACCAGAACCGCCACUGUUCCAUCUCUGUCCAUCUCAGUGUCCAGGACACAGACAGCCUGGGCCUGGAAGCGCCGAACAUCGCCGUGUCGGAGUGCUGGGCGGAGCUGCGGCCGACGCCCUGCCGGGACGGGGUGUGCGCCCGCGCCGCCCUCGUGCUCACCGCCGUCACCGACUUCACCCGCGACGGCCUCAGGGCCAGCCUGCUCAGCGCCCGGCCCGCCCCGGACGCCCCCCGGCUCUGGAGGGGCUACGAACCCGAGCCCCUCAAGGUGACUGUUCAGGACGUCCCCACCGCAAGCUGCUACUCUUUGACUGAUCCUCACCUCAUUACCUUCGAUGGCAGGCGCUAUGAUAACCAGCAGACGGGGACCUUCGUGCUGUACCGCAGCCUGUCCCGGCCGUUUGAGGUGCAGUCCAGGCAGUGGGACUGCGGCAGCCGCCACUACUCCGUGUCCUGCACCUGCGGGGUGGCGGCUCGCGAGGGCAACGAUGUCAUCGCCUUCGACAUGUGUGACGGACAGCUGCAGGAGACCCGCCCCCAGCUGUCGGUGAAGAGCCUGGGGCCCCCGGCGUCCGAGCGGAUCAAGAUCCUGGAGACGCACCAGGGCAGAAAAGUCACCAUCGUUUUUCCGUCGGGGGCCUUGGUGAGGGCCGACGUGAGCGACUGGGGGAUGAGUCUGUCCCUCCGGGCGCCCAGCGCGGACUUCAACGCCACCCGCGGUCUGUGCGGGACCUUCGACCGCACCGGCCUCAACGACUUCCACGGGCCCGACGGCACCCCCUACAGCGCCAGCGACUCCGAGCGCUUCGUUAAGGAGUGGAGGAUAGCGCCUGGAGAGAGCCUAUUUGAUGCCUCGCCGCCCGCCGUAGAGCCAGGGAGGAAGAGGAAUUUCUGCCGCUGCCAGAGAGGAUACAGCAUGUCCCUCCACGCCGUCGGCCAGACCGAGGGGCCGUUUGAACGACAAGCUCCGUCACGCUGCCUCUCCCACGACCAUGUGGAUCAAACGACCCUCUUCCCCUUCGUCGACGUCACGUCCGAGUACAUCGGGCCCCCCGGCGGCGGCCGGAGAUCAGGGACACGGGACCUUCCGCACGGAAACGCUCAGCGCUUUGAACUUCCUCCCGACGAGCCACGCGGACAGGAACUAGCGAGAGGGAAACGGUCGCCGGCUCUUAAACCCCGCCACUCAAACCCGCCGCCGGGGGAGGGGUCGGCCGGGGCGGAGCGGAGGACGAAGAGGCAGGGCCGUUUCGAGUUCCAGCCCCUCAUCGGCUUCCACAGCCUGACCCAGAGCGACCUGGAGAGCUUCGCCUACUUCUUCCCCGAGGACCACCUGCGGGGGGGCGGGCCGGCCCCGAGGCCCGUCUGGCCCACGCCCAGCGGCCUCACCUCGGCCAAGGCCCUGGAGCUCUGCCAGCAGGCCCUGGCCAACUCCACGGUGGGCGCGGUGUGCCGGGACCUGCUGGGCCGCAGGCUGGACGAGGCGGUGGACCUGUGCAUCUCCGACCUGCAGCUGAAGGACGACCUGGCCUGGGAGGAGGCGCUGCUGCCCUUCCUGGAGAACGAGUGCGAGAGGAGGCUGCUGGAGAACAGGACCCGCCGCUCCCAGCAGCUGGGCGAAAGGCCCGGGGAGCUGCUCACCGCCCUCCGGUGCCCCAACUUCUGCAACGGGAACGGGCUGUGCACCGAGUGGGGGUGCCAGUGCUUCCCCGGGCACAGCUUCUACGACUGCAGCCUCACCAUCAGUCAGCCGAUGGAGGUGACGGACCUGGAGAACGGCGGGCUUUGUGACAUCAGAGCCUUCGAGUGCGGCAGGGUCCGGGUCUUCGGCCUGGGCUUCAUCGAUUCGCCGGACCUCAGCUGCCACGCCGCCGAGCUGACGUACAUUAAUGGUGAGUGGAAAGUAGGGGAGCAGCAGAGGACCAUGGCCACCUUCCUCAGCUCCAAAGCUGUGGACUGUGUGCUUCCCUCACUCAACAACAUGGCCGCUGACAUCAUGGACUUCAUGGUGGAGGACAAGCCCUUCGCCAGAUGGGAGAUUAAGGUGACGAACGACGGCUCCCUGUUCAGCAAGCCGAAGGUGCUGACGGUGUAUGACGGAGUGUGUCAGCUCUGCGAGUCUUCGCUCUCCGGACUUUGUAAGUUAAAGGAUAAGGCAUGUAAUAUUGAUGGGAUGUGCUUCGCUGAAGGAGACCCCAGCCCCACCAGUCCAUGCCUCCUGUGUAAUUCUACCACCUCCAAAUUCACAUGGUCCCUAAAUGAAAUCAAUCAGCCCCCCACGUUCCACCAGCCCGAGGGCGGCCUGCAGACCUUUGUGGGGGAGAACUUCGUGUACCAGUUCGCGGCGGCCGACCCAGAGGGCUCGGCCAUCCUCUUCCUGCUGGAGUCGGGCCCGGCAGCGGCCUCCCUCUCCCCGGCCGGCCUGCUCAUCUGGAAGGUCCGCUCGGAGGAGACGCAGGCCUUCGGCUUCACGGUGGCGGACGAGUGCAACGCGCAGAGCAGGUACAGCGUGGAGGUGUCAGUGAAACCGUGCGGCUGUCGGAACGGCGGGACGUGCGUCACCAACAUCCUCUUCCCCCCGGGCAGCGGGCAGUACCUGUGCGUCUGCCCCCCCGGCUUCGCCGGGGACCUCUGCCAGGACGACCUGGACGAGUGCCUGUCCAACCCCUGCGCAGCUGGAACCUGCCUUGACAUGACGGACGGCUUCCUCUGCCAAUGCCCCGCCGGCCUGCGAGGUGUGACGUGUCAGGAGGAUGUGAAUGAGUGCGAGGGAGACCCCUGCUUUCCUGGAGCUCUGUGCAUUAACAGCUUCGGCUCCUACAGAUGUGGGCCCUGCCCUCAAGGCCUGGAGGGAGACGGGACGGUGUGCACAGCUCCAGGCCGGUCCGUCUCUCCUGCCCCCGCUGCUGCGAUCACCAGCCUGCCAGGUCUUCCUCCCCAAAGGGAGAGCACUGACCCCUUCCCCCUGGAGAGAGACCCCGCCCCCCUGGUGAAAGGCCUCUCCCCCCUGGAGAAGCACCCCUCCCUUUUGGAGAAAGACCCCUCCUCCCCAAAGAAAGACCCCUCCCCCCUGGAGAAAGGCCCCUCCCUCCAGGGGAAAGACCCCUCCCCCCUGGAGAAAGACCCCUCCCUGCAGAAGGACCCCAGCAAAAGCAUCAAAGCUGGCCCUUCCCCUCCCGUGGAUGUGAAGGCUAAGUGCGCGAGCCGACCCUGCUUCCCCGGGGUCCAGUGCGUCGACCGGAGACCUCCCUACCUGGGCUACGUCUGUGGCCGCUGCCCACCCGGGUACCAUGGCAACGGACACACCUGCACCAAACUGUCCCAAUCAGGUGCACCACCUCCGUCCUCCCGCCUGACUCAAGCCAAGAGCAAGCGGGUUAGCUACAACCUGCGCAAAGCUCCACAGCUGCACUUACCCGCUCUGCCCUCCAGGGGAAGAACCUUCCACAACGCCGCUGUGGGACCCGUCACCGAAAGGAGAGAGGCUCCGCCUCGGCGGCUCGACCCUCUGAGCCCCGCCCACCGUCUCCAGCCCCGCCCCCACGCGCGCCACAGCCAGCCCCCCUCGGUCAGUAGUGCCAGACCGUUUAACGGGACGGUGAGGAGGAAAGCACCUGAGGAGGCGUACCCCUCUGCUCAGACCCCCGCCCCGAGCGCCUCGUCAGGGGCGACGGCACCUCGCGCAUUCACAAGACACGCCACCACAGGCGGACAGCCCACGAGGAAACAGCAGAGCGACGACGAGCCACAGGCUCCUCCCAGAACGGAUGUCCCGCUGAACUUCGCCCUGGUGGCGGCUCACACGCUCUCCUCCCACCCCGUCCUGUCCCACGCUGUCUCCUCCCACCCUGUCCCAUCCCACACCGUCCCGUCCCACCCCGCCCAGUCCCACGAUGUCCCAUCCCAAUCUGUCCCAUCCCACACUUCCCAGUCCCACACUGUCUCCUCCCACCUCGUCCCGUCUCACCCUGUCCCGUCCCACCCUGUCUCAUCCCACCCUGUCCCAUCCCACGCCGUCCCAUCCCAUGCCAUCCUGUCCCACUCUGUCUCAUCCCACCCCAUCCUGUCCCACACCAUCUCGUCCCACACCCUCGCCGAAUCCGAGUUCUCUGCGGACGGGGACGAGGACGGACCCUCUGACCCGCUCCCUGUGCGGCCCUUCCCCUACCCCUACCCUCACUCUUACACCACGCCCAUGAGGAGGGUCUCCGGCUCAGCCUUUAGCUCCGCCCCUUCCCUGCCCUCCCCCUACAUCCCGCGGGUCAGCGAUGCUCUGGUCUCCGUGGAAACGAUCCUCACCUGCGCCCACAUGCCCUGCUUCCCGGGGGUCCCCUGUUCACCCCGCGGCGAGACUGGCUUCAGCUGUGGCCGCUGCCCCCCCGGGUACAUCGGCGAUGGGCGGAGCUGCAGAGCCGUGUGCAGGCGCCCGUGCGGACGGAACAUGGAGUGUGCGGCCCCCAACACGUGUCGCUGCAAAGCGGGAUACACGGGCCACAGCUGUCACCUCGCCAUCUGCGACCCGGGCUGCCAGAACGGCGGGCAGUGCAUCGCCCCGGGCGUGUGCCACUGCAGGGCAGGCUUCCAUGGAGAGAGCUGCCAAACCGCGCUGUGCAGCUCUCCCUGUGAGCACGGGGGCACCUGCGUGGGCCGGGACACCUGCUCCUGUCCCUACGGCUUCGUCGGGCCCCGAUGCGAGACCAUGGUGUGUAACAGGCACUGUCAGAACGGGGGCCAGUGCGCCUCUCCCGAUGAGUGCAGGUGCCAGGUGGGCUGGACCGGGCCAUCCUGCGAGACAGCCCUGUGCGGUCCCGUCUGUCUGAACGGAGGCGUGUGCCAUCGUCCGAACGCGUGUGUGUGCCCCCGGGGGUUCUACGGGUCCCAGUGUCAGAACGCCGUCUGCAACCCCCCCUGCAAGAAUGGGGGCCAUUGUAUCCGUAGCAACGUGUGCUCCUGCCCUGAAGGCUACACCGGGGGGCGCUGUGAGAGGAGUGUGUGUGAGCCCAUGUGCAUGAAUGAAGGGAGGUGCAUCGGCCCUGACGUGUGUGACUGUCCGUCCGGCUGGAGAGGCAAACGCUGCGACAAGCCCACCUGUCUGCAGAAGUGUCUGAAUGGAGGAGAGUGUGUGGGGCCAAAUACCUGCCACUGUGGCCCCGGGUGGCAGGGCAUGCUAUGCCAAGUCCCGAUCUGCGAGCAGAGGUGUCUGUUUGGGAGCCGCUGUGUCCGACCGAACGUGUGCGCCUGUCGGAGCGGGUAUUCCGGGGCUCUCUGUGACAGAAAGCUCCCCAUCAGACGAGGCUGAAUUUGGGCCCCUGGGAGGCCAUGCACUGAGGACACCCCCCUGCUGCACCGUCCCCUGCCCCGCCCACCGCACCGUCCACUGCCCCGCACCCCCGUUCCCCUGGGGGCAUCGCCCUCUCCUCCUCCUCAUCCUGUACAUCAAUUGUAAUAUAUAUUUUUAAAGAUUAUAAUUUAUACAUAAGGGUAUAAUAUAAUGUUUUGUAUUGGUCUUAUAUAAAGCUGUUUUUCUAUGUUAA